AAGCUUACUAGAAACAGUUAGUGACUCCUGAAAUCUGUAGGGUCAAUCAUUUUAAAAGGUGCUGUAUUGAAUUAUUAUGUGAAAUGAAACAUCUCCAGAAGUGAAACAUCUCUAGAAGUGAUUUCAAACCUUUUAGGAUUUUUCACUUUUAUAAGCAUAUGACAUUCUUCUGUAUAUUUUUAUAGUAUUACAGAAGUUAAUUUUCCAUAUUCUAAUAUUCAUGCAAAGGAACUUUUUAACUAACAAAUGCAAGUUGUUAUUAAAACAUUUCCAUUGAUAAGAACUGUAACAAUUACUUGACAUUUAUUUUGUUAAUCAUGUAUUUCGUUGGAAUUUGCGUAGAAAAUUCCUCCAUUCUUGACAAAGGAGAUGCUGGACACGGAUGAAAGAUCACUGAGUAUAGUGGUGGAUGUCAGCUGUGACUCAAACAGUCCUAACAACCCACUACCCUUCUAUGAUGCCUGCACAUCAUUUAAACAGCCUUCCGUAAGAGUCAGUCUCCCGAAGUCGUCUCAGCCAUUAGAUGUUGUAGCUAUCGAUCAUUUCCCUUCCCUUCUACCGAGAGAGAGCAGCACAAGAUUUGCAAAUGAUUCAACGCCGUAUUUGCUGAAGUUAGAUCAGGUUGAUACGUACUGUGUGUGGGUGAAUGCCAAAAAAAUAUUUGACCUGAAAGCAGCUGAAGCAGAGGAUUUACUCUCACGAUCUGGAAAUUAAAGACUGAACUUCAUUCCCGUAGAUUUGAAUGGAAAUUAGCUGUUGUUUGGUCUUAGUUUAGUGAGACGAAUGAGCAUCGUUUUUCUACUGAUGAACGGAAGAGUGAUUGAGAAUGAAACAUGACAAUUUUGUCAUUGACCUUGUUAAACAGAGGAAAGUGAUUAUUGUAGCUCUUGUUAUGGCGGGGAGGAAGGAGUUUUAUGUGAGGCACUUUUUCCAAGGUAUAACAUCUUAAAGUUUCAAAAUAAGAUGCAGUGAGAACAUCAGUUUGUAGAAUUUUCGCGGUAGAAUUUGUAUUUUCUCCAUAGCGAAAAAAGCUGUCAAGGGUUGUCUGCCAGAAACUGAGUUGACAAGCAUUUGCUACAACUUUUGUCACCCGAUCAUUCACUGGCUGGUGCCGUUGCGGAGAGGCGAUCGAUGUAAAGACUGAUAGACUAAAAGUGAACGAUACGGCUAUGUUCAUCAUUUUCCGAAUAAAUCAUUUGGGGCCCCUGUACUUAGGCAGAUGACUGAGUACAAAAUAUGGGAAUAUUGAGCCGUUUUCGUUUCAAAGUUGUUAAGCAACUCAGGAGAUCUCGCUACGUGCGAAGCAACGACAACUUUGAUAUCGCAAAUAUGAGCCCUUCAAAACAAAAUAGCAAAGUAUUUUAAAAAAACACUCUAGUAUCGUGUUUGUAUUACACUUGUGGAUCUAGAGUGAGUUCACUUCAGUAUA